CCUGUGUCCAGUGACUGUGACAUUCUGACGCGAGGCACGUGUGCGUGGUGGCAGCCCAGCCUGUUCCUGCCCCGUUGGGGAGGUCAGCCACGGGACCUGACGCAGCAGGAUGGACGAGUCCCCUGAGCCUCUGCAGCAGGGCAGAGGGCCGGUGCUGGUCCGACGGCAGCACCCAGCACCCCGGGGUCUGCGUGAGAUGCUGAAGGCCAGGCUGUGGCACAGCUGCUCGUGCAGUGUGCUGUGCGCCCGGGCGCUGGUGCAGGACCUGCUCCCCGCCACGCGCUGGCUGCGUCAGUACCGCCCGCGGGAGUACCUGGCAGGCGACGUCAUGUCUGGGCUGGUCAUCGGCAUCAUCCUGGUGCCGCAGGCCAUCGCCUACUCAUUGCUGGCCGGGCUGCAGCCCAUCUACAGCCUCUAUACGUCCUUCUUCGCCAACCUCAUCUACUUCCUCAUGGGCACCUCACGGCACGUCUCCGUGGGCAUCUUCAGCCUGCUUUGCCUCAUGGUGGGGCAGGUGGUGGACCGGGAGCUCCAGCUGGCCGGCUUUGACCCCUCCCAGGACGGCCUGCAGCCCGGAGCCAACAGCAGCAGCCUCAACAGCUCAGCUGCCAUGCUGGACUGCGGGCGUGACUGCUACGCCAUCCGCAUCGCCACCGCCCUCACGCUGAUGACCGGGCUUUACCAGGUCCUCAUGGGCGUCCUCCGGCUGGGCUUCGUGUCUGCCUACCUCUCACAGCCACUGCUCGACGGCUUUGCCAUGGGGGCCUCCGUGACCAUCCUGACUUCGCAGCUCAAACACCUGCUGGGCGUGCGGAUCCCGCGGCACCAGGGGCCCGGCAUGGUGGUCCUCACAUGGCUGAACCUGCUGCGCGGCGCCGGGCAGGCCAACGUGUGCGACGUGGUCACCAGCACGGUGUGCCUGGCGGUGCUGCUAGCCGCGAAGGAGCUCUCAGACCGCUACCGACACCGCCUGAGGGUGCCGCUGCCCACGGAGCUGCUGGUCAUCGUGGUGGCCACACUCGUGUCGCACUUCGGGCAGCUCCACAAGCGCUUCGGCUCGAGCGUGGCUGGUGACAUCCCCACGGGUUUCAUGCCCCCUCAGGUCCCAGAGCCCAGGCUGAUGCAGCGUGUGGCCUUGGAUGCCGUGGCCCUGGCCCUCGUGGGUGCCGCCUUCUCCAUCUCGCUGGCGGAGAUGUUCGCCCGCAGUCACGGCUACUCUGUGCGUGCCAACCAGGAGCUGCUGGCCGUGGGCUGCUGCAACGUGCUACCUGCCUUCCUCCACUGCUUCGCCACCAGCGCCGCCCUGGCCAAGAGCCUGGUGAAGACAGCCACUGGCUGCCGGACACAGCUGUCCAGCGUGGUCAGCGCCACCGUGGUGCUGCUGGUGCUGCUGGCGCUGGCACCGCUGUUCCACGACCUACAGCGAAGCGUGCUGGCGUGCGUCAUCGUGGUCAGCCUGCGGGGGGCCCUGCGCAAGGUGUGGGACCUCCCGCGGCUGUGGCGGAUGAGCCCGGCCGACGCGCUGGUCUGGGCAGGCACCGCGGCCACCUGUAUGCUGGUCAGCACGGAGGCCGGGCUGCUGGCUGGCGUCAUCCUCUCGCUGCUCAGCCUGGCCGGCCGCACCCAACGCCCACACACCGCCCUGCUGGCCCGCAUUGGAGACUCGGCCUUCUACGAGGAUGCCACAGAGUUCGAGGGCCUCGUCCCUGAGCCCGGCGUGCGGGUGUUCCGCUUUGGGGGGCCACUGUACUAUGCCAACAAGGACUUCUUCCUGCGGUCACUCUACAGCCUCACGGGGCUGGACGCAGGGUGCGUGGCUGCCAGGAGGAAGGAGGGGGGCUCAGAGAGGGGGGUCGGUGAGGGAGGCCCUGCCCAGGGCGAGGACCUGGGCCCAGUUAGCACCAGGGCUGCGCUGGUGCCCGCGGCGGCCGGCUUCCACACAGUGGUCAUCGACUGCGCCCCACUGCUGUUCCUAGACGCAGCUGGUGUGAGCACGCUGCAGGACCUGCGCCGAGACUAUGGGGCCCUGGGCAUCAGCCUGCUGCUAGCCUGCUGCAGCCCGCCUGUGAGAGACAUUCUGAGCAGAGGAGGCUUCCUCGGGGAGGGCCCCGGGGACACAGCUGAGGAGGAGCAGCUGUUCCUCAGUGUGCACGAUGCCGUGCAGACGGCACGAGCCCGCCACAGGGAGCUGGAGGCCACUGAUGCCCAUCUGUAGCAGGGCCAGGCCUGCCCAGCAGCCUCUGCUCCCUCCUGGGGACCCACAGCAGACGUCUGCAAGCCACUGCUGAGACCCUUCCCAGGGAGGAGCCACCCAAGAGCUGCACUCUUGUGCCACAGCUGCCCUGGGGAAACCGGGGAACCCCAACUGGGAAAGGAGGCCCUCUGAUCACACGCAGGACCCAAACACUCAGAAAUCAAGAACCUCUGCCUCCGAGACAGGCUGGCCCACAGUGCUGGCUGGGCCCCAAUGCACAGUCCCUCAGCUCAGAAGGGAUGGGCCUGGCCUGACGCUCAGGGUUGACAUCUUAUUUGAACAAGGGUCCCCCACCAUCAUGCAGCCUCCAAGGUGCCAAGAGGACUCCCUAUGCCCAGGCCUGCCCGGUGCCCACCCUGCUGGUAGGAGCCAGCGGCUCUGGCCAAGUGCACGAGGGUCUCUGUGUUUCCAGAAGGCCCCACACACCCAAGUGCCCCUCACACCUCGUGCCUCCCCCUCACAGGGUGGCCACCUGCACCAGCGUCAGGGCCCAGGGUGCUGUGACCGAUGAGACCUCAGCUCAGCCCUCAGGUGCAGUGGCCCUACCCAGCCUGGCCAGCAGACACACACAGGGAUGCUCACAGGUGCACCAGGAGCCAGGUGCGGCGCAGCCAACCCUGAGCCUGCAGGGAGACCUGCAGGAAGCCCACCGUGCCCCAUGCAGGGGCUCCCUCCAGCACACAGCCCUCACCGCAGCACAGCCAGCAAGGACACGCUCUCCCCAACAGGGUGCUUCGGCGGGAAGUGGGGGAACAAGGGGUCUUCCGAGCAGCCCCCAGCCCUGCCCCUCCCAUCUGUGCCUCUGUAAGGGGCUCUGGGACGCCCAGGCCCUGCCCGCCGCCCACCUG